UAAUACCCCUUGCGCGUGAUGCUGUGUGUAUGUGCGAGCGCUAUUUGACGCCUUGACGAAGCAUCAAAGUUGAUCCAACCUGUCGACUGGUCACCUGGGUCUCCUCGGUCAGGCGGAAGAUCACACACACGCGAACAUUCGGCUCCUCCUAGCGGGUUUUAAGUCGACGUGAGAAGGAUGCGAACCGUUAUUUCAAGGUUAUACCCCUCGAGGCCCUGUUAUACCAACCAAAUGGGAGUCUUUAUUAUUGCGCUAUUCUUGUGGAGCUUUGUUGGAGUGGGAUCCUUACCAGUGUCCUCAUCUCUGCACAAUGCUAAGGUAUUGAACUGCAUCCAGGACUCUCUAGGUAGUAAUGAAGAUGCACACUCUGACUGUGACAAACGAUUACCAGACAUGGGUCUGGAUGCAGUGCAGAGACAUCAGGGUCUGCUGAGAGAACUACAGAACCUUGCAGAGGAAGAGAGAGAUAGGGAAAGAGAAUAUGAACGAGAGACAGACCAGUAUGAGUUAAACCUGCCGGAGGAAGAGGAUGACAGAGACGAACGGGAGGAGGAAGAGGACGAGAUGGAGGCCGAAGAGGUGACUCCGACAGAGAAGAAAGCGGAGGUAGAAGGAGGGGAGGAAGAAGAGAAAGAGGCGGAGGAGAGAACGAAGGGACAGAUGAUGGAGGAGCCCCGACUGGAGGAGAGCCGACAAGGGGAGGAGGAGAGAGCCAAGGAGCUGGAGGAGCUCCUGGCCGAGGAGAUCAGGAAGAAAGGAGAGGAGGAGAAAGACGACAAGGAGCUGGAGGAGCUUCUGAAGGAGCUGAAGAAGAAGAGAUACGAAUCUGCGAAGGAGAAGGACCUCCUGAAGGGGCCAGCCUCAGAGGAAGGGCAGAAGGGUAGCGUCGAGGCUAAAGAGAAGGAGAAAAAAGAGGAGAGGGAGCGUCUGGAGGCGUUGGGGGAAUUGGAGAGGAAGAGGAGCGAGGAGAGGAAGAACAAUGAGGUGGAGCUGCUGGUGGAGAAGGAGAAGGUGGAGAGGGAACUGAAAGAGCUUCUGGAGGAGCAGGGCAGCAUGAAGAAGGGAGAGAAGGAGAAAGAGAGAGAGGAGAAGGAGGAGGAGCUGCAGGAACUUCUCAAGAAGAUGAAACUAGUGCAGGAGGAGGAGGAGCAGGAGGGGGAGGAUAAGAAGAGAGGGAAUGUGGCUGAAGAGGGCAAGACAGAGGAGAAAACAGAGUUGGAAAACAAGGUGGAGGGAGAGACUGGGAAAGACGUGGAACAGAAAAAGGGAGAAGUGGACAGUCAGAAGAAGGAAGAGGUGGAGGUGGAGAGUGAAAAGAAGGAGGAUGGAGAAAUGAGGGAGCCUCAACAGAAGAGAGUGAUGGAAAAAGCGAGUGAUGAGGCCACCCGUCAGUUUGAGAGAGAGAGAUACAGAGAUGAUGAGGAAGGUUAUGAUGAAGAUGAUGAGGAUAACAAUGGAGAGGAGGAGAAUGAGGAAGACGAAGAACAUGAAGGAGGAGCUGAGGAGGAUGAAGGAGAGGAGCUUUUGGAAAUCGAGGCGGAGCUGAGGAAAGUGGCUGCUGAACUGCGGGAGUUACGCAGGGGCUAGAACCCACACACGCACACACGCACACACACACGCACGCACACACGCACAAACACUCUGACACACACACUCGCACUUACACUCAGCUCAGCCUGCUUUAGGAGAUUAUUUCCAGUGUCACAAAGUGUGUCAUACUACCCCAUGUUAUAUCAAAGAUUGUUCUAGGUCUAAAAGAUGAGUGAGCUCAGCUCAUCUCCAGUGAAGCUGUGGUGUCUCCAUGUUUACAGAGAAACACAAGGAGCUCCUAUCUAUACAGAACCAGUUAGAUUCUUAACUCAUGAGCAUUGCCAUCUAGUUUCUUUUCCUGGGCCAACAUGCUUGAUUGCGAGUAUGACAGAAGUGUGAUACAGCAUGCUUUACAUGAUGACUUUAUUAAGAGCAUUUCAGUAAUUUGCAUUGAUCCUCCUCUACAGCCAAGUAUCAGCCGAUGACAACAGGAGAUUCCUUCACUUAAGUGACAAGAUGCGCUUUCCAAUAUAGUUGAUGUGUCAGUAUAUUUUGUGCAAUAAUCAAUAACUGUGUGUUUAACGUGGGUGGCAGUUAUUGGUAAUUUUAUAACUGUAAGAUAUCUACCACAGACUUGUAAAACACUGGUAUUCUAAAUGUAUGACAUCCUUGAUGUUGUUUUCAUAAUGUGAGGAUUAUGUGUUGACCUGGCUUGUCCACUGUUAGUACCAGACUGUUAACGAAGAACUGGGGUGACAGGAGGGAUCGAGAGAAAGAGAGAGAAAACAGAGUGAAGAAGAGAGAGAAAAGGAGAAUGAUAGCGAGGACGAGAGAGAG